CUAAGAAUUCAAACUGGAAAACAUAAAGGAGGAAGAGCUGAUGAAGCAAAUGGGAAGGGAGUGGAAGAGGAGCAGACAAACAAUACCUAAAGAGGAAAUAUCAAUGAGAACACCGAUCAGCUGAACCGAGAUUACCCUGGAGGAGCCGGAGCAGAAUCAGAUGCCCCAGAGAAAAUGAUCAGCAGACGGUUAGCCGAACAGAGCCGAUUUGCCUUUGCUGCAAUCUGUGGCGUCUCCUUGGGCCAGUUGUCUGGUGGCUCUGAAAACAAGAGUUUCAGGGAGAAGUUCUUGCAGGGCUUGGUCUGCUGGCUGGACCUGGACGAGUCUGUGAUUCCCGUUAUGGGGGCUUUUUUGUCAGGUCUGGGCUUCGAGGGCACAGACACGUUUCUCUCCAUCCUUCAGGCUGAUCCCCUGCUGGCUUCAGGAGCUACUCCUAUCAUGCAGGAUCUGGUGUCCUUUUCUGUCAAGGAUGGUCAAUAUGACUCCAGAGCGAGGGUUCUCAUCCGCCACGUUAGCUGUUUGCUCCGAGUCUCUCUGCAGCAGCUGGAGGAGUUUGAGGAGACGUUGGGAGAACGGCUGAGGGAAGCAGGAGAGGAGAGCGAAGAAGAGUCCUCCAGGCGCCUGAGGAGAGAAAGAGGGAGGAAAUUACGGCGUUACCUCCUCAUCGGGUUGGCAACAGUGGGCGGAGGAACUGUGAUUGGUGUGACAGGUGGCCUGGCUGCACCUUUGGUGGCAGCAGGAGCCGGCGCUGUGCUGGGGGCUGGAGGUGCCGCUGCUCUGGGAUCAGCUGCUGGCAUCGCAAUAAUGGCCUCUCUGUUUGGAGCAGCAGGAGCCGGACUGACUGGCUACAAGAUGAACAAGUGUGUUGGGGCAAUAGAAGAAUUUAAAUUCCUCCCACUGAACUCUGGAAAGCAUCUUCACCUGACUAUUGCAGUGACAGGCUGGCUCUGUAGUGGUAAAUUCAGUUCGUUCCAGGCGCCGUGGUGCAGUUUGGGUGAGUGUGGAGAGCAGUACUGCCUGGUGUGGGAGUCGCGCUUCCUCAGGGAUCUGGGCUCGGCCAUGACGUCUCUGCUGGACGGGCUGGUCAGCAUGGUGGCCCAGGAGGCCCUGAAGUACACGGUGCUCUCAGGCAUCGUGACGGCUCUGACGUGGCCCGCGUCUCUGUUGGCUGCAGCCAGUGUCAUCGACAACCCCUGGUGUGUUUGUCUGAACCGCUCAGCGGAGGUGGGGAAACAUCUGGCACAGGUUUUGAGAAGCAGGCAGCAGGGGAAGCGGCCCGUCAGCCUCAUAGGCUUCAGCCUCGGCGCUCGAGUUAUCUACUACUGUCUACAGGAGCUCGCUAGUAUUAAAGGUAGUGAAGGAGUAGUGGAGGACGUGGUCCUUCUGGGGGCUCCGGUCGACGGCUCUGCGAAAUCCUGGGAGAAAAUGGCAAAAGUGGUAGCUGGAAAGAUAGUGAACGGAUACUGCAGAGGUGACUGGCUCCUGGGGUAUUUGUACCGCAGCUCUUCUGCACAGCUGUCUGUCGCGGGGCUGCAUCCGAUUAACAUCCAGGACCGGCGCAUAAUCAACGUGGAUCUUUCGUCUGUGGUUAAAGGUCACUUGGACUACAUGCGUCAGAUGGACACCAUCCUGGUGGCGGUAGGAGUUCCCACCAAAGAAGUCCCGGGAGCUUCCUUCGUUCUUCCUCUGCCUGUAAAAAUGUCCGCGGGGACGAUGGACAAUCCCAGCGAAACCAAGGAGCAGUGUGUGGGCGCGACGCAAAACCCCGCUGAGAUGGUUGGAACUUGUACGCAGGAAGAAGUUCUGGAGAAGGACGACCCGGGUAACGGGUGGGACAUCCCUGAUAUAUCAGACCUGUUAGACUCUUUAGAUGAGACGGAAUCAGAAUGUCAAGUUCAACACAAAGUGUCUCUUCCUUCUGAGGAGGACACCACUAAGGACAACGUGUCCUCUGACUUUAGCGCCAGGUGUGGCGGCGUAGAGGAGGCUGACCUGGACGAUGAGCACGUUUCGUGGAGCUGGGAUGACUCGCACUGGAUCGAAGAGCAGUCGGAUGAAAAAAAGCAGCCCAACUUUCAGCAAAGAAAACAAUAAUCAUUUCCUUCUUGCAGCUUUUAGAGGAAAUCUGUUGCACCAGUGGCUUUGAUUCCACUUCUUUAUGGUUUCCUGAUGUAAUCAUUUAACACUCGUUCACUGCUAAUUAGAUCAUUUGUUGUCUAAAAGUGCCGCGAUGUCGGAUACCUCUGCUUUCUGCGCAGCUUGCAGGUUUAGUUACAAAAUCCGUGACAACUCCGUCCCUUUCACUCUGGUUGCUAUGAAUAUAAUACAACAGUUUCCAUAUGGCUGGGGGCUGCUCAGCAAACGUGUUGCUUUUGUAGCCGGUUUAUCUCCGUUCUGCACAGAGAAACAGGAAACCAUGUUCACCAGAGAGCUUAAUUAGCCUGUUGUACCAGCGCUGAUAACUGUAAAGCAUCAUGAGAAAUGUGUGAACUUUUCUGAGCUGUCUCCUUAUAUUUAAAAUCUGAUUUUCAAGUCUUUCUAUCCUUUUAACUCAUAUUGAGUAGGAUUAUAAAUUCUGAACACGCAGGUGAAUCAC